CAAAUUUCCUUCUUUACGUUUUCUUCCCAGUUCACAUAUCAACAUGCAGAAUGUGACUGGGUUGUCGGGCAAUUCAACAUCUCCAACCAAUUUACACGUUAUCAUCAAGGUGUGUGUGGUGGUUCCCUUCUUCUCCAUCUUCCUCUUCUGUAUCGUGCUCAUGCUCUACAUCUUCGCAUCUAACCGGCACUUCAUGGACAGCACUCGCUAUAUCUUGUUUGCCUUCAUGCUGGUCAACGACACCCUAGUAAUGUUGUCCUCUGUGCUGCUCUUUCUGCUGGCAAUGGGCCAAUUGAGGUUCCCCAUUGUCUUCUGUGCCCCCCUGCUGUUUUUCUCCACUGCUUCCUUCCUCAACACCCCUCUCAUCCUAGCUACCAUGUCACUGGAGCGCUACGUGGCUAUCAUGUACCCACUGCAGUGCCCACCUGCGUGGCGGUCCGACCGCGUCUGGAUCAUCUUGCUGUGCCUGUGGCUCAUCAGCUGUGUCCUCCCCACGGUAGACUUCUCCAUAGCGGGGGCUCGUCCCGGACUGGACGUCCUCUCCACGCCCGUCUAUUGCAACCUAGGGGUGCUGAACUCGUCUUCCAGCCAGAAUAUGUUCAAGGUCUCCCUGAAUGGACUUUUUUUUGGGGCUGUGGCAGUCAUUAUCCUCUACACCUACAUCAGGAUUCUCCUGGAGACCAAGAAGAUGAGGCGGGACAGGAGCUCUGUGAACAAAGCCAUGCACACCGUGCUGCUCCACGGCUUUCAGCUGCUGCUCUGCCUCAUGUCCUUCACCAAUCCCAUUACAGAAAGGCUACUCCUUCUCAACACCUAUUGGCCACCCAGUGACAUCUACUUCUUCACCUUUUUCUGUUUUAUCCUUAUACCGCGUUUCCUCAGCCCACUCAUCUACGGCUGGCGGGACAAGAGCCUGAGAGACCACAUGAGAAAAGCAACUUUCUGCUGCUCUCAUCGUCUCAGGACCCAUGGCCUGCUGAGGCCAUCUAGAUUUGGAAAUGAUUGAUUUAUUUUUUACCAAAAGAGAAAUUAGUGUGAUAAUACUAUCCAUAAGAUACAGUUUUUCCGUUUCUUAUUUUGUGUGUAUACGUGUUUUGAAGACAAUGCUUGAAAGAUGAUGUUAUGAAUUUAUUACCACACCGUAAAAAAGUUGUAAAUUACAUGUAAUAUAUUGACAACUGGGUGGCAAAGAUGCCAAACUUGGAGGGGAUUUUUUGGGUCAAAACUAGAGUGUGCUUUAGAAAAAAAAAAAUACAUUUUUCAGUUACAAUCUUUUGGCACUGGCAAUAAGGCAUAUGCACUUGAGUAAUAUGUAACAAAUCAUAUUUGUUCUAACAAUCUAGUUAUAUCACAACGUAUAACAUAAUAAUUGUUUCUUCAUGUGAUGUUUUCUA